GGGGAACAAAUGGAACCGGAGUAGAAAUUCUGGUUACUUUGUGGGGAUGGUAUCAGCCACAACUCCUCUGCUUUUUCGAUCAAAACUCCUCUGUUUCUCCGUCUUCUACCUCUUCAUUUCUCUCUUUCUUGCUCUUUACCAAUCCCUUUCUUCCACCAAAUGCAUCUUCAGGUCCUCCCCUUUCGAUCCAAUUCAGACCCCUCUCUUCUCCUACCCUCAAUCCUAUGGAGAACAUAAGUACGCUAUCCCCACCCACCGUUCCUCUUGCUCUUCCCCUGUUUUCUUCUCCGAUUAUGGGGUGGCGUUGAAGGAGAUCCAAGAUUUGUGUAAGAAUUCUUCUGCGUUUUCGCCGGUUUUGAGGUAUGUGCAGAGGGAAAGUGAGACUUUUGGUGGGGAUUUCAGUACCCAGCAGAGAAUUUCGUAUCUUGAUCAUUCCAAUUAUAACGUGAAAGUCCCUUGUGGAUUCUUGAAAAAGUUUCCGAUCAGUAAUUCCGAUCGAUCUGCCAUGGAAAGCUGCAAUGGAGUUGUGGUGGUAUCGGCAAUCUUCAACGACCAUGACAAAAUCCGGCAACCGAGAGGCCUCGGAUCCAAAACCCUAGCAACUGUAUGUUUCUUCAUGUUUGUAGAUGACAUAACCUUCAGUGGACUUGAUUAUCACCAAUUGGUUUCACCAAAAUCGCCGGAGCAUAAGAUAGGGGUUUGGAGAAUAGUUAGAGUAGCUUCCAAGGAAUUGUAUGAAAAUCCUGCCAUGAAUGGGGUGAUACCUAAGUACUUGGUUCAUAGACUCUUUCCAAACUCGAAAUUCAGCAUUUGGAUUGAUGCCAAGCUGCAAUUAAUGGUGGAUCCAUUGUUAUUGAUACAUUCUCUCGUUGUGUCGGAGAAGGCAGACAUGGCACUAUCAAAACAUCCGUUCUAUGUUAAUACAAUGGAAGAAGCUAUGGCAACUGCAAGGUGGAAGAAAUGGUGGGAUGUUAAUGCCUUGACAUUGCAGAUGGAGACCUAUUGUGAAAAUGGGUUGCAGCCAUGGACUCCCAAUAAGCUCCCUUAUACAACAGAUGUACCAGAUACUGCUCUAAUUCUGAGGAAGCAUGGAUUAGGAAGCAACCUUUUUUCGUGCCUAAUGUUUAAUGAAUUGGAAGCAUUUAACCCAAGAGACCAACUAGCAUUUGCAUUUGUGAGGGAUUACAUGAAGCCGAAGAUGAAAUUAAACAUGUUUGAAGUAGAAGUGUUAGAGCAGGUAGUGGUGGAAUACAGGCACAACCUUAGAAAAUUAGGGAGUGAAGUUGGAGGGUCCAGCUCCAAACCUAAAAGAACAAAAAGGGCAAGACAUGAUUUGUUAGUGAAUAACAGCAGGUGCCAGAAGUAUCUUCUCGAAUUGUGGGGUGAACAUGGGAUUUAAUUAGUGUUUUUUGUACAACAAAACAAAGUUAAAAAAGGAAAGAACACUAUACACAGAAAUGCUGACAAUUAAUCACGGGUUGGCAGAGCAUGUUCUUUUGUCACUUCCAGUUUUUAUGCUGGCGUAGGUUAAGUUGACCUUUAACUAUUAUAGUUUAAUCUGUGCACCAGAAGGGGUUAGUUUUAGAAUUGUUCUGUUGAAGUGGAAAUUUGGCAUGCUC